AUGCUGAUUUUUUGUGAACCAGGAAAUGUUCGCAAGUUAUGGGACGACCACUAUGAUUCUCUUUCUGAAGAUUAUAGGAAACAAUAUGGAUGUCCCGAACGAGUGCAAAAUAUGGUCUUCAUCGACAUUAUAUUCUUCCUAGAAUCAAUGAGUAAAAAUCUUAGGGAUUACAACCUUCCAAAUGUCAGUGCAAACAUUGAUUUACAAUCAAGAGGCUAUCGUGAGGUGCAAGAAGAAUACUCUAUAAAUGUGGAAUACGAAGACUUACAUGCACGAGACUCUCUCAAUCCAGACCAGAAGUUUGCAUAUGAUGAGAUAAUGAGGCAUGUGGAUGAAAAUAUUACGGGUGUGUUCUUUAUAGAUGGUCCCAGUGGAACUAGAAAGAAAUUUUUGUACAAAGCUUUGUUGGGAAAUAUUCGUGCCCGUGGACUUAUUGCACUUGUAACCGCCACGUCAGGUGUUGCGGCUAACAACAUGCCAGGAUGGAGAACAACUCAUUGA